AUGGCUCCUCCAAUUUUUUUUCUGCUUUUGCUCAUAGGCAUCCAAGCAUUUGUGGCAAGCGGGUGCUUCGAGACCGAGAGAAAUGCAUUGCUAGCUUUCAAAGCAGAUCUAAUCGAUCCUCGCAACCGCUUAGCCUCGUGGAAAAGCCAAAACUGCUGUGCAUGGAAGGGAGUCGUUUGUAGCAAUACAACCGGUCACAUUUUGAAGCUCAACCUGCGAAACUCCUACGACAAAAUUGAUUACUUUCCUUAUGGUAAAAGACCGUCAGGAUUGGGUGGUAAGAUUAGUCCAUCUUUGCUUCUCUUAAAUCAUUUGGAGCACUUAGAUCUCAAUUUGAACAAUUUCAGUGAGAUUCGCAUCCCAGAAUACUUUGGUUCUUUAAAAAAAUUGAGGUAUCUUAACCUCUCUGGAGCUUGUUUCAAUUCAAUGGUGCCUUCUCAACUUGGAAAUCUCUCAAAACUUCGUUAUCUCGACCUCAAGUCUUUUGAUUGUGAUGUUUACAAUAUGGGAGUAGAUAACUUCUGGUGGCUUGCCCGUCUGACUUCUUUGCAUUAUUUGGAUUUAAGUUUUGUUAACAUGAGUUCCACUACAUAUUGGUUACAAGCAAUAAACAUGCUGCCAUUGUUGAAAUAUCUUGAUAUGAGCAUGACUAGUCUUCCCACAAUUCCCAUUUCCCUACCAUAUCUCAACAUUACAACUCUUGGAGUCCUCAAAAUUGCAGGCAACAACAUCAACUCUACCUUGCCUAGAUGGCUAUGGAAUCUUACUAGCAUCACUCAUCUUGACCUUUCCCUCAAUGAGUUUCAUGGCUUUAUUCCUGAUGAAUUGAGUUGCCUGAAGACCUUAAAUGUUCUUUCUUUAGGAUCUAACAAUUUCGAAGGCUUGUCACCAAAAGCAUUUACUAAUCUUUGUAGCUUAAAUACUUUGGAUUUGAGUGGAGUUGGUUUUAGUGGAGAAAUAAAUAAAUGGGUAGAGAGAUUACCGAGCUGCAUGCAACAAAAUUUACAAAUUUUGUAUUGUCGGAAAAACGAGUUAAGCGGUAAUUUAUCAGGUUGGCUGGAGAACAUGACUAGCCUAACUGAAAUAGACCUCACUGGAAACUCACUAAAUGGGACCAUCCCACUUGGGGUUUGGAGGCUUACUAACUUAACUAGAUUAUAUCUCCAAAGUAAUUUCUUCGAGGGCGCUAUAUCAGAAAUCCAACUUUCUCACUUGCAGAGGCUAAAAUGGUUAGACCUUGCAGAUAACUCCUUUAACGUGCAAAUAAGUCAUGAUUGGAUUCCUCCUUUUCAACUAAAAACACUUCACUUGGCUUCUUGCAAUCUGGGACCUAAAUUUCCUACUUGGCUUCAAGGACAGACACAACUAGAAGAACUUGGCUUAUCAAAAAAUGGAAUUGUUGAUACCCUUCCCAAUUGGCUUUGGAAUAUGUCCAGGUCCUUAGCUUAUGUACAUAUUUCCAAUAAUCAAAUCAAAGGAAAAUUACCAUUGACACUGGAUCAUGUCAUGCUACUAUAUUUAAAUUUGAGCUCAAGCCAACUUGAAGGCCCAUUGCCAGCUCUCCCGCAAACUCUUUCUGUCUUGGAUUUGUCCAACAAUUUUUUUGUGGGACCGAUACUGAACGCUACGUUAUUAAGGUUACAAUAUUUGCUUCUUUCUAAUAAUAGUUUCGACGGCAACCUACCAUUCGCUUUAUGUGAAUCAACUUCAUUGCAAGUUCUCGAUAUAUCGAACAACAAGCUAUCAGGAGAAAUUCCUUCGUGUCUAGGGAUGUUGCAAGAUCAACUUCUUGUUCUUGAUAUGAUGAGCAAUACUUUAUCUGGAAAUGUUCCUACCUCCCUCGGCAAACUACGUGCUCUUUCGAUACUGGAUUUAAGCAAUAAUCGCUUGUCGGGGGAAAUUCCUUCUUCUUUGCAAUAUUGUCGACAGUUAGUUAAUCUUAACCUUGGAAAUAAUAAUUUUUCUGGAACAAUACCUAAAUGGAUAGGGGAAAGCUUAUUGGUUCUCAUGGUGCUCAUCUUGCGCUCAAAUGGGUUUUCAGGUAGCAUCCCAUCGCAAAUCACACAACUUGGAUAUCUACGAGUCUUAGAUCUUUCUCACAACAACUUAUCUGGAACUAUACCCGGAUCUAUUGGAAAAUUAAGUUGGAAAAAAGGAGUUCCUACAGAUCACAUGCUAUUUUUUCGAUAUGGAAGCUUUGAUGUCUUAGCUGGCACUGCAUAUUUAGUUGUAAAAGGAGAGGCACGGGAAUAUUCGAAACUUCUUUAUCUUGUCGAAAGCAUUGACCUUUCCUGUAAUAAUCUCUAUGGAGAGAUCCCUGAUGAGAUAGGAGAUUUACAGGCACUGCAAAAUCUAAACUUAUCCAUGAAUCAUUUGACAGGACAUAUUCCAGAUCAAAUCGGCAAGAUGCAUGAAUUGGAAUCACUUGAUGUAGCAAUAAACAAGCUUUCUGGGACUAUUCCACAAAGUCUUGCUACACUGAAUUAUUUGAGCAGUUUAAAUGUGUCGUAUAAUAAUCUGUCGGGAAAAAUUCCAUCAGGAAAUCAAAUGCAGACUCUCAACGAUCCAUCUAUAUAUAUUGGCAAUCCAUAUCUUUGCGGGUCACCAACUACGCAGAGUUGCUCCACUAAUGAAACAACUAUUGUUUUUGGCAAAGAGUCGCAUGACCGGUUUGAAAGAUUAGGGCUAUACAUUAGCGUGGUGUUAGGAUUUAUAAUAGGAUUUUGGAUUUUUUUUGGCGCUCUUUUGUUAAGUAGAUCAUUUAGAAAUACUUAUUUCUCUGCGAUCGACCGUACGUAUGAUAGGCUUUAUGUUGCUGUUGCAUUAACACUCAUUAGAUUAAGAAGGAGAUGUGGGGAAAUGUAAUUUGAGUGAGUAAAUUGCAAUACUAGUCCCUGAACUUUUGGCAAGUUCCAUUUUGCUCCUUAAACUUUUAUGCUCGGCAAUAAAACCCUAAACUUUUUAUA